AUGGAAUAUAUAGAUUUUGAUGCAAGUCCAAAUAAUAAAAAAAUUUGGCCUGAUUCAAAUCGAGUGCCAGGAUAUCUUCAGAGUGAUUAUCAAUGCACUGACGUGUAUACUAUUGCUGCAAAUGAUAUAGUUACGAUUUAUUAUGGCAUAGUUAAUAUAACUGGUUAUAUUCACAAACUCACGAUACAAGAAAAUAGUAUAGAAUAUCCACUUUCUAAUUGGGAACAAGAUCGUCCAGAAUAUAUAGUUAAUGAAGAAUUAAUUGCAGAAGGAGAAUCAGCAUUUCUCCAAUUUACAGCUCCAAAAAAUAUGGAUAUACGAAUUUUUUUUUAUACUUUUGCUAAGGAGGAUUUUUUUACACCCUUAACGAAGAAAUAUGGAUUCACAGUUACUACCCACCGAAUUAUUGAUGCUGAAUCAAAAUCUGAAACUCCUAAAACUGUAAUUGAACCAUCUGAACGUACAUAUCCAGCUUCAAUUCUUUGUCCACGUUAA